AUGUCGUCCUCCAACCAGCCGGCCCCUCUCACCGAAUACAGCCAGCUGUGCAAAGCCAGGACCCCCGAGAGCUUCGCCGAGACCCCCCGGCCGGCCGAGCCCCGGAGAGAGUGCGCCAAAGCCGAGUACGAGUGGCACAGGACGGAGGGCAAGCUCAGCGAGAUCGGCCGGAUUAACGAGGGCCUCGUUAAGAACGUCGGCUUCACGGAUGAAGACAAACUGUGCUUCUUCGAGGCAAAACUCGACAGAAACCCCCAGGAGUGCGAGGGGCCCGGGACCCCGAUCCACGCCAACUCCACUCGCCUCGUUCCCGACACUCUGCCCCGCUCCGCAGAACAAUGUCAUUCCCAGAGGGCCGGCCCACCGGGGCCGCUCCACGCUUUCCCUCACACGGAGCCGAUAACCGACCAAGAAAAAGCGGCCAAUAAAUCCGGCUCUGAGUCCGACGGCCGGCGGGAACCCAAUCCCUUCCUGCGCGAGUCGCUGACGCUGAACACUAACCCCUUCCUGGCCGGUGACUCGAGGGAAGUAACCCGGAGACCCCCGGAUUCCACAGCAAGCCCCCCAACUACCACCGUGGAGCUCGCUCAGGAGGACGGCGCGCCCCACCAGGGCAACAAGGCUGGGGAUCGGGGGGAAGACGGCCUCGUCGCGGAUGCCGAGGAUGAGUGGCCGCUGAUAGACCGAGCUUCUUAUCAGAGGAAGGCGAUACGGCGCGCCAUGUCUGAGUGCUCUCACUUAGCCGUCCCCCCAGCUGUCAACACUGCCGAUAAAUAUCCCGACGCCCCCGGAGAGAAGCCCCCCAGUGACCCCGAAUCCGGGCCCAAAAGGAACCCCAAUUCCAUGAAAAGGUCCAUGACGGUCGCAGAAGAGCAGACGGGGUACGAUGACUUCAUGAACACGCGUGACGACGCAAGACUAACUCCACGUACCGCCAACAAGCUACACGCCGGGGGCCGGGAGGAUCUGCCUCCCCCCGAGAUCCCACCGAGAAAACUGGAGCAGAUCCCAGAGGAUGGGAGCAAAACCCAGGAGGAUCCCCAGAUCCCCAAACCCACCCUUCCCUGCAAUGACGGUCCGGGAGGAAUGGGGGCCCCUGAUGUGAAAUUGCCCCAGCCCCCCACGGGAGGGCAGAAGGCUACCACGGGAAAAUCCGAGGCUGUCGGGCGGAUCGAGGAGAAUCGGGGAAGCGACAUCACGGCCCCUCCGAGCAAAGAGCUUCCCGCCAGCCCGGAGAAGAAGAACAAGGCCGCGACGCCGACCGCCAAGCCGGCAGCCGUUAAAAGCAAACCCGCCGCAGCUCCAACCCCGAAGAAACCCAUCUCUGCGCCCACCCAGAAAAAGCCACCCAGCCCCGCCGCAGCUCCCAGCUCCACUACCCCCAAGCGCCCCCUGGGGAGCGCCGGGAGACCCACGAACUUAACCCCUAAAGACCCCAAAGAAAUCAAGCCGAAGAGUCUGGAUCUGAAGAGUCCGGUAAAGAGUCCGGACAAGAAGCCCACGGCUGCCAAGCCCACCCUGACGUCUACCCCUCGCUCCGCUGCCAAGGCCAGCCCUGCGACCCCGAAACCGCUGUCUGCCGCGGCACCCAAUACUCCGAAAUCCACGGCCACCCCCAAGCGGCCGGCCCCUGCAAAGAACGACGUGAAACCCGCAGAAGCCAAGAAAACCCUCGCUAAAUCCCCCACAGAACUGAACCGAACAAAACCUGCGGCAUCCGACUUGGCGAAGACGAACGGGGCGCCUCCUUCCAGCCCCGGUCCCAGCCGCCCCAAACCUACCAAACCCGCUCUACCCAAACCAGGCUCGGCUCCCGGUGCGGCCCCCGAUGCCAAGAAGCUGCCGGCUGCCAGAUCGGCCCCAGCGAGCAAACCCGGCUUGGCAACGAAAUCUGCAGCAGCUGCCCCCAAGCCGAGCGUCGCCCCCAAGCAGCCUCGUCCGGCCAGCGCCCCGGCACCGGAUCUGAAGAACGUCCGCUCGAAGAUUGGCUCCACGGAUAACCUAAAGCACCAGCCUGGAGGAGGCAAGGCUAAAGUUGAAAAAAAACCUGUGCCCGCCGGCACAGCCGUCCGAAAGCCUUUGGCCCCUGCUGGCCCUAAGCCCAUCGCCGCUAAGCCCGCAGACACUAAAGAGAGUGCCCCCAAGCAGCCCAAUGGCAAAGUCCAGAUAGUCUCCAAAAAAGUGAGCUACGGCCACGUGCAGUCCAAGUGUGGCUCCAAGGACAAUAUUAAGCACGUGCCGGGCGGCGGGAAUGUUACAAACGCGCCAAAACCCACUGCAAGCAGCGCUCGCCCGCACGCACCCAGCAGCCUCAAACCGGGCAGCGCCAACGUGCAGAUUCUGAACAAGAAGAUCGACGCCUCCAAGGUUUCCUCCAAGUGCGGCUCUAAAACCAACAUCAAGCACAAGCCGGGAGGGGGGGUCUCCAAGUCCGACGCCAGCAACGGUAACUCCACAAAGCAGGAAGCGGUGAAGGCGCCCGAGGAGCCAAACGAAGGUGAGACGGUAGCAGAGGGCGAGAAAGUCGCGGCCCCCCAGAACGGGGACCCCGUGACGUCCCCCGAAGCCACAAGCGAGGGGGCUCGAGAGAAUGGCGUGGGAGAGACGGCUGCCCUGGAGCACGAGAGUCAAAGGGAAAUAAACCAAAGCCUCAACGCACUUAUACCGGAGACAAGCAUCUAACGAUGAAUUUGUGAUGUCGUCUUCCAUUUGUCUCAUUGUCCAAUAAACCCCCCCCAUAAAA